GAGGUUAUAUAAUUAAUGAAAAAGAUAAUUCUCUUAGUUCUUCUAGCAGUUUGAAUUGGGACUUCCCUUGCCAUAAAGGAAGGGACGAUUGAUGACGUAGACAAGAUCAUAUUUUAUGCCCUGCCUCAUUCUCACACUGAUGCAGGCUGGUACUGGACCUAUAAUUACUACUAUAAUUUGGCCAAGAGAAUACUAAACUCAGUUACAGAUUACAUGGAACAUCAUGAUGAAGCCAGAUUCACCUGGAGCGAUCACUCUUUCUUUAGGAAAUGGUUCAAUGAGGAAGUAAAAGGUAAAGGCGAAAAGGAAAGUAAAGUUAGAGACCUCAUUCAAAAAGGGCAUCUUGAUUUAAUCAAUGGAGGUCUUGUCCAAAAUGAUGAAGCCUCUCCACAUAUGAAGGAGACCUUCACAAAUCUAGAGGAGGGACUUAAAUUCUUAUUUGAAGAAUUUGGAAUCAGACCUGAUUCAUACUGGCAGUUAGAUCCCUUCGGUUUCAGCUCUGUAUCUCCUGAGAUAUAUAAAUCAUUCGGAAUCGACAAGGUAGUCCUGAACAGAAUGUCAGAUGCUUACAAAGAUGUGCUCAGAAAGAACCAAGACCUUGACUUCAUAUGGCAAGGGGAUGGUGAAGAAGAGAUAUGGACUCAUACUCUCCAUGGACAUUAUGGAAUCGAUAAUAACUUCUACUUUGAUAGGAGAUGGGGUGCUUCAAACAAAUGCCCAAAUCCUUUGGACAAAAGAUGUGUCAAGAAGCUUGUUGAAGAACUCAUUCAUCAAGGCAUGAAAGUCCACAAUAGGACUGGAUAUGUAAUGCAGUUAUUAGGAAAUGAUUUUUUCUUUACAGAUGCUCAGUACUCCUUUGAUUAUAUAAACGGAAUGAAAACUUCACUUAAAAAAUAUGGACCACAUUUUUUGAAAGGAAAACCUGUUGAAUUCAGAUUUGCCACUUUGACAGAAUAUCUGAAAGAGAUGGAACAUCUCAGAUAUGAGAUCGGCAGAUACAGAGGAGACUUCUUUGUUUAUACACAAUAUCAUGAGGGUAAUUACCAUGACCAUCAUUGGGGAGGAUACUUCUUCUCAAGGCCUAUGUUCAAAUGGAUGGUGAGAGAUUCAAUGUCAAGAGAAAGAUUGCUUCACUCAAUGAUUGCCACUAUGAAUUUUCUGUCAUUCUCAAAGGAAACACAUGUAAACAGAGAUGAAUUAAAUAAAGCUUAUCACACUCUGCUCAAUGUGAAAGAGUUUAACCCAGUCUUACUCCAUCACGAUGCAAUUACAGGUACACAUGGAAGAACUGUGAACAAUGAUUAUAAGAAAAUACUCCAAAAUCUUCACAAAAAUAUGGAUACUGCCACAAAUCAGCUUAUAUACAGCCUUCAGUCACCAAAGGACCUCAAAAAUAACCGAAGAGAGAAGCCAAGCCAUGAGCCAAACAAAUAUUUUACCAUAGUGAUGCAUAACCCAUCCUUCUACACAAGAAAUGAAAUUAUAAAUGUGACCUUGCCAUCAGAUCACUGGUCUUUUAUCAACACUGAUCAUCCCAUUGCAGAGAUCAUGGAUAGCUAUAAGCUUGAUGGAGAAAGAUUCACUCAGGAUACCAGAGAGUUCACUCUCUGGAUAAAAGUUUCAAUCCCUCCAUUUGGACACGAGAAUAUCCCUAUUGAGAAGCAUGAGAAUCGAGAUCAAUGCCGCAGAGCUGGAAGAUGCAUCCCGAAGAUCAAGACUGAAAACCUAGGCACUAUUUCCAGCGACCUUACAUUAUCUAACUCUCAUGCUAGUAUCGGUCUUGGGAAAAAUACAUUAGAAAUUAAGCAUUUUACUGAUAAAGACACUGGGCAGAAGAUGCAAGUUAAUGAGGCUCUUUAUAAAUACGAUGCUCAAUCUACUCAUUCUUGUAUCUAUAUGUUCAAGCCGACUAGACAUGCUACUGAGAUUCACUUAAAUCAGCAACAGUACCUAAAAUAUAACGGUAGCUUAGUUACUGGAUAUCAGGUCUACGGUCAGGAUAAUGAUAUUCAUUUCGAUAAAACUGUGCUACUCAAGGAAAAUGAUUCAGCUUUGCAUGUGGUCUCAAGAAAUAACAUUAGACAAGGGAGAAACAAAGAAAUAUCAAUUAGAUACCAAGGAUACGAAGCAAAUGAGUUCUACUCUGGAGAUUCCAUGGCAUACAUUAACAGAAAAUUCAUUGACCUUGAAACAGCCAAGGCUAGAAACCUCACUAGACAAGGUAGUCGCUCAGAUACAGACCUUCUUGGUCUGAAUACAUAUCCAAUUGUAGAUGGAUUCGUAUCUAAAAAUGGUGGAUAUAUCGGCUUCUCUCCUUCCCAAUCAGCAGGAGUGAAUCUUUUAAGUGAUUCUGCAUUCGAAUUUCUCAUUGCACGUUCGAUCAUGAACAUAAAUCAAGAGAAAGGGCUGCCAGAGAGAUUGGACGACCACCUCACCACACAUUUUAACUACAAGGUGUUUAUGGCUAAAAAUCUUGAGAAGAUUCACAACAAGUCUCAUGUAUAUGGAGACCAAAUGGUUGACCCAAUCUUUGUCAUCAAGAAUGAUGGGCAAAAGGUCAUCGAGAUUCCCAAAAUUAGCUUUGAUGAGACUGAAAAUGUGGGGAUUGAUGUAAUUUCUUUCAGGAAUUUCGACUAUACAUCCCCAAUACGGAGCCCAGGAAUGAUAAGGUUGAGGAAUAGGUCCCAUAAACCUAUCAGGUUGAACCCUAUCCUCUUCUCUUAUGAAGAAGCAAAUAGCACUAGAGGGCAUAUUGCAAUCAUGUCUGGUACAAGAUAUGGAUAUUCCCAUGCUGAAACACUGAAGAAUCUUAACUAUGAACAGAAAGUGUCUAAACGCUGGAAUGUAAAGGAUGACCAUAAUGUUCUGAAGGGCUAUAGAGACGAUUUCGUUACUAUUGAGAACAAGUUGAGGGAAAUUCAUGGCAACCAGACCUUGGCAGGCCUCGCUCUGUAUGAUAAGGUCCUCCAACCAUCUGAAAUCUCUCAUUUUAUGCUAUACUAUGGUGAAUUUGACAAGACUGAUGAAAAGCAAAAAAUAAUAGGUAACCACCUUGAGAGAAUUUCAAAAGAGGAGGAAUUGAGAGAAAAAGCAUAUGAGCGCGGAAAGAAAAGCGAUCUUGGCUAAUUAUAUUGCUUUUUAUCCAAUCUAAAU